GAUGCCCAUUAGUAAGUGUGUAGAUUGAGGCCACCGCUAUGUGGUGCUGUGGAGCAGGGUUAGUUGUGCGUUGCGUGUAGGGAAUGGUAACUGCAGCAGGAGUGUAGCCUGGAAAUUCAGGAACAAAAAAAAAGGUGAUUGCAGUACCAGCUUUGCGCCUGCUUGAAAGGGGUGGAGAGUUGCUUCGUUUUGCAAGAUUGUCCAACGAUAUAUGACUACUUGAAGGAUUCUCAUUUGAAAGGACUCCCAUCAACACAAGCAGCAAGAAUCUCAAACCUGUUAGAUAAGCUCAAGUACUGAGGCUGUUUCGGAACUACCUCCUGGAUCCCUCUACCUAUCUCACUUGUAGUCACACCUUCUGACCCUCACCACUGACUAAAUUCAAGGCUCUACGCUGAAUUUGUUGUCUAUGCAGCAGCCUCUCUCGACUGGACAUGGAGCACCUCUGCAGAACAGCAGUACUGCUCCAGAAUGUCAUCAGCAAGUGCCAAGUAAAGCACCACUUGCCCCCACAGCUGGACUAUACGACUUUACUUACUACCAGAAUAACUACCAGGCAUCUGUCCACAACAUUGUCAGACCUUCUUUAUGUCCUACAUCAUUGGGUACUCCUCAAGGACCUGGUCAGAUGCACAAUGCGCUUCCCUUGGGUCCUAAUUUGAUCGCUGCGGGCCCUCGGUUUGACCCGGUGUUUGUAAGCACUCCUCCGCAAGUUGGUUAUGUUCCAAGUGGUGGACACUAUCCUGGUCAAGUUCACUACAAUGUACCUUCUCAAAGUACUACUCAGGGUAUUCCCCCCAGUUCUUCUUAUCCUGGUUUCUCAUAUCAUCAUCCAAUGCCUGUUUUCAAUACCCAAUAUAAUGCUCAUUUAACCUCACAGACUGUUCAUCCUGUUGCCGCUCAGCCUUUAGUCGGUGUCUUAUCCGGUCAUGUGAAACCACUGCCAGAAACUGGCCAGAGACCCAUUCAAGCAUCUUUUCAGCCUUAUCCUGCUGGUGAUGCUGCUGCGUCAUGGCAACCCUUACCCAGAGCUUUGAUGACAACAUCAACAGGGCCUGUUAUCAAUCUGCCUGCUGUUGCUUCCUCUGCAAAUAGCCAGACAAGUACAGGUCCACCCCUUUCAAUGCCCCAUCAUAUCAACCAAAGUUAUCAACCCGACAGAGCGAAAGUAGCAACAUUUCCAGCCAUUGGGGCACCUCUUGCAAGGAGGCCACCUUCUUCAGUUGAUCCACCAGUAUCAUCCUCUGCAUCACCAGCUCCUGCCACAGAAGCACACCAUGAUUCAACAUCUUCAGCUACCACAGCUCCUGCUCCUUCUGAUCCAUGUCCAUUGAAGAGUACUAAACCAUUUGGUUACGCUUAUCCAACUCUCCAACCUGGCUACCAGAACGUAGCUUCUCCUUCACAUUCUGUCAAUCAGCCUAUUGGCCCAGGAUAUUCUCCAGGGCCUCAGCAGUUUACUCAGCCCUUUUCCAGUGUUAAUCAGCUGUCGUCAAACAUGGAGGGUCUAAACUUGCGGAAUAAACGGCGGACUGAAGCUCUGAGGCAAGUCAGUCUGCUUCAAGAGCGGGAUAUCCUUCCACCUGUUCCAAACCUGAUCCCUCAAUCCAAUUUAAGUCCAGAACUGAAAAAACUUAACUGCAGCCCAGACUUAUUCCGAUGCACUCUGAUGAAUAUCCCUCAGACCCAGGCUUUGCUGAACAAAGCAAAACUUCCUCUUGGAUUAUUGCUUCAUCCCUUCAGAGACCUGACGCAUUUGCCCGUGAUUACAUCGAGCACCAUUGUCAGAUGCCGAACCUGCAGGACAUACAUUAAUCCGUUUGUAUCCUUCCUUGACCAAAGGAGGUGGAAGUGCAAUCUGUGUUAUCGAGUCAAUGAUGUACCUGAAGAAUUUAUGUAUAAUCCUUUGACACGUUCGUAUGGUGAACCACACAAAAGGCCAGAGGUUCAAACUGCAACCGUGGAGUUCAUCGCUUCUUCAGAUUAUAUGCUGCGACCACCUCAACCUGCUGUCUACCUCUUCGUUUUUGACGUUUCCCAUAAUGCAGUGGAAUCAGGAUACCUGAACAUUUGUUGUCAGUCAUUGUUAGAAAACUUUGACAAGUUGCCUGGAGAUUCAAGGACCAGAAUAGGAUUUAUUACAUUUGAUAGCACAAUUCACUUCUUCAACUUGCAGGAAGGCUUGUCGCAGCCUCAAAUGUUGAUUGUGUCAGAUAUUGAAGAUAUCUUCCUGCCUACUCCAGACAGCUUGAUGGUAAACUUACAUGAAAGCAAGGAGCUUAUUAAAGAUUUACUGAAAGUAUUGCCGACAAUGUUCACCAACACAAGAGAGACCCACAGUGCUUUGGGCCCAGCUUUGCAGGCUGCAUUUAAACUUAUGUCUGCAACAGGGGGCCGCAUAUCUGUAUUCCAAACACAGCUACCAUCCAUAGGUGUUGGUUGCCUUCUAUCAAGGGAAGACCCUAAUCAGAGAUCCACCACAAAGGGUGUGCAACACCUUGCUCCAGCCACAGACUUUUAUAAGAAGUUUGCUUUGGACUGCUCAGGCCAGCAGGUGGCAGUGGAUCUAUUUCUACUGAGUGGACAGUAUACUGACCUGGCGUCGCUUGCUUGCAUGUCAAAAUACUCUGCUGGAUCGGUCUUCUAUUAUCCAUCAUUCCAUCACAUUCACAAUCCUGCUCAGGUGGAGAAGUUUCAGAAAGACCUCAAACGGUAUCUCAUCAGAAAAAUUGGAUUUGAGGCGGUUAUGAGGAUACGUUGUACCAAAGGUCUUUCCAUUCAUACUUUCCAUGGAAACUUCUUUGUACGUUCCACUGAUCUGUUGUCCCUUGCCAACAUAAAUCCUGAUUCCGGAUUCACUGUGCAAAUGUCUAUUGAUGAAAAUCUGGUCGAUACAUCAAUCGUAUGUUUUCAGGCUGCAUUGCUUUACACUUCAAGUAAAGGCGAGCGUCGGAUUCGAGUGCAUACUUUGUGUCUACCUGUUGUGAACUCUGUGGCUGACGUUUAUGCGGGAGCAGAUGUGCAGGCUAUUACUUGUCUUUUAGCUACUAUGGCGGUUGAUCGAUCAGUUUCCUCGAGUUUAUCUGAUGCCAGAGAUGCCUUGGUAAAUGCUGUAGUUGAUUCCUUAUCUGCAUAUCGUUCCACCGUUUCUAACCUCCAGCGAUCCGUGUUAGUCGCUCCCAACUCCCUCAGGCUGUUUGCUCUUUAUAUUCUGGCUCUACUGAAACAGCAAGCAUUCAGAACAGGCACUAGCACUCGAUUGGAUGAAAGGGUCUUUGCCAUGUGUGAGAUGAAGACACAGCCAUUAGUUCAUCUGAUGCUUACAAUUCAUCCUAACUUGUACAGAAUAGACAAUCUGUCUGAUGAGGGUUCCAUCAUUGUCGGUGACAAAACUAUUCCUCAGCCACCUAUUCUGCAACUUUCUGCGGAGAAGCUGUCAAAAGAGGGUGCUUUCUUGAUGGACUGUGGUUCUGUGAUGUACCUCUGGAUUGGCAAAAACUGCAGCAACAAUUUUAUUAGUGAAGUGCUUGGAUUUCCUAAUUAUGCUUCUAUACCACAAAAUAUGACUCAUCUACCAGAAUUAAAUACAAUCUUAUCUCAAAGAACAAAUGAUUUUGUUUCCUGGCUUCGAGACAGCAGACCAUUCUUAUCGAUUAUUUACGUUGUGAAUGAUGAUGGUCCAAUGAAAGCAAACUUUUACCAGAAGUUGGUGGAAGACAGAACCGAAUCUGCGUUGUCAUAUUAUGAAUUCCUCCUUCACAUUCAGCAGCAAAUCUCCAAAUAACAACAGUUACAGUUUGAGAGUUGGAAUUGAUCGUUUUGACAGGAGGGUUGAGACAAUACAGUCAUCUGAGGCAAAUGUGCAUUUAUCUUGGAGGAUGGAUUUCCGUUGAGGUACAAUAUGAGGUGGAUAACUUCAACAAUCUUUCAGUCCUGAUGAAGGUUUUUAACCCUGGUAGGAAUAUGAAAAGCUGGUUAGUAAAAUUUGCAACCUUGCAGAAUAAAUUCUUGAAGUUACUAUGCUGUAAUGUAUAUUUCUGCUCUAAAAUACAGAGAGAUGAAAAUGUCAUUGUACUGAUAGAAUGCUAAUAAUAGCAUUAAAGAAUGGGCCUGAUUUGUUUUAUUCUAGAUAGAGCAGGAGCUUACAGGCCUUGUUACUGAAUACAAAUAGAAUGGAUUUAUUUAUUACCAUGUAUAAGCCCGGGUUAUUCAUUAUUUUGUUAACUUUUUCAUCUAAUUAAUUUUCCUGUGUGUAAUGUAUUAGUGUAUAUGUUGAUUUUUCACUGGUAUUGGGUAGAGAUGAUGACUGUACACGCUUAUGCAGGUAGGAAUUUAUAUUGUUAGCAAAUACAGUCUGUAUUAAAGUAAAAGCGAAGGUCAUUGCAGGGCUGUUGAAUGUGGUUUAGAGAUGCACAUUACAAAAUUCAAUGUGUACAUAGAAAAUUUAACUAACUUUGUAAGUAAUGUACAAAUAAAGUAUCAAUCUAACUUUAGGUUCUAUUAAAAAUGAAAGAAUAAACUGUAUGCAACAGUGUUGAACGUUUUUGUGAUCAAAUUCCUCCGGCCUCACUCAGGCCACUUGAGGCUAGCAAGAAUUUAAAUGCAGGUAUUCUGUGCCAUCUUCCAGUUUAACUGGCAAAGACUACAUUUGUUAAAAAACACUCAUUAUAUCUCAUUGUAAUUCUGUUUUGCAUUUUUCAUGCAAUUAAUUUCUGACCAGCUAUUGAUUAAAAGAGAUCUGCCGGAUUUUUAA